AUGGCGGCCCAAGCCAAGGACCGGCAGUUCCUUGCUGUCAUCGGAGAUGAAGACGCUAUAGCAGCCGACAUGUCCGAUGGUGAGCUAAUCGGCUUCUCAAAGCAUGUCACAGACCCCCCCGACUCCCAACGGAAUUUCCUCGUGGUAGACUCCAAGACCGAAACCUCUACGAUUGAGAAAGCGUUCCAAAACUUCACCCAAGAAAGAAAAGAUAUUGCUAUCGUUCUCAUCAAUCAACACGUUGCAGAGCGCAUCCGCCACAGUGUUGAUUCCUUCGCCGAUCCAUUUCCUGCCGUUCUAGAAAUUCCAAGCAAGGAUCACCCAUACGACCCCGAGAAGGACAGCGUGCUUAAACGGGUGCGGCGUCUGUUUGGGGAAUAG